AUGUACGAAGAAGAACUAGCCGAUCUACAAAACAAACUAGGCAUUGAACAGGCCAAGAUAAGCGAACAGCUAGCGGAAAUUGACGCUCUUGGUCGCACUCUCGAGGAUGUCGAGCAGCGUCUGGAUGCUAAGUCUGAGGAAUUCGCUGCUCUUCAGAGCGACAUGGAACUUUUGAAUGAUAAGUAUGUAGACGAAAUAGAACGAGUAGCAGAGAUCCAGCACUCCAAAGAUAUGGUUGAAAGCGAACUUGAGGAUUUGUCACGCCGGCUGUUUGAGGAGGCGAACGGCAUGGUGGCCAAUGAGAAACGUGAAAAGUAUAAUCUUGAAAUGGCCCAGAAGCACCUUGAAAACCAGCUAAAGGAG